AUGUACUGCAAAAAUAUCGCACUUGCUCUGGCUAUUGCCACAGGCGUCAUUGCCCAGCGCCCUGCCGACACUCCCAUCUGCGACUACUACACAACGGCGCUGUUGAAGAACAACACUGGCGCGAACCAAUACACGCUCCUUACGCUCUUGGUCAACACUGUUGUUAUUGGAAAUUAUACGAUGCCGAAUGUCGGAAUAAAGGUCGAUGGUAUCCUGGCACCUGGCAUGUACAACGGCGCUGAGGUCAACCUCCUUCCUUACUUCAACGGAGACUUGGCUUCAUCGAACCGGGGCGGCAGUUCCGGUGUGUCAGUCAACUUCCUCGAUGGAGGCGGUGCUGCCCCGUUGAUGAAAAACAUGCCUGCCAAUGACGACACAUCCAAGCAAUACUUCCUCUUGACUCACUUGUACCAAUUCUUCGGUGCCCUUCUCGGCUGCUCUCAAUACGGCAUGGCCGGGUUCCCCAAGUACAGCGGCUUUGCUUCCAUGUACGAGGUACACAAGUUCAUGGACUUGGACCAAAAUGAGCUUGGCUAUUUCAUUACCCAGGUUGCCAUGGCUGCUGCCUCUUUUGGUGUCGCCCAGGACGACCUCAAGGCAGUCGGUAUGGCUUUGAACCAACUCUUUGGCAUGCGCUGCAGCCCGCCUGCCACGGCCAUCCCAGAGCAGGGUCCUCAACUGCAGGCUAUUUGCAUUCAAGACAGCUGCCCCAUCUCUACCAACUCUACCUGCGCUAGCUACCAGCCCGCCAUGGCCCCGAAGAAUGCCACUGCGACGGGAGGCAUGAACGCUACCAUGACCUCAACGAUGACGGGUGCUACCAUGACUUCGACCAUGGCACCGAGCACGGUCCCAACGGCAGGUGCUGCUGCUCAGGGCGUCAGCUUAGCAGCUCUCAUCGCCGGGCUGCUGGCUUGCCUUAUCUGA